AGCCCCGCCGCCGAGUCGCCCCCCGCCUCGUCCGCACCAUGAUCGCCGCGGCUUUCCUCGUUCUGCUGAGACCCUAUAGCAUCCAAUGUGCCCUUUUCCUCUUGUUGCUUCUGCUGGGCACCAUCGCCACCAUCGUUUUCUUCUGCUGCUGGCACCGCAAGCUCCAGAAAGGGAGGCAUCCGAUGAAAUCGUCUUUUCGGGUCGCUCUAGAAGCCGAGAUGCUGUUAUGAGAUCUCACCACUUUCGUUCUGAGGGAUUCAGAGCAAGCCCUCGGCAUAUCAGAAGACGAGCUGCAGUGGCUGCAGCUGCCCGUCUGGAAGAAGCAAAGCCCCUGGUGGAAGUUCACCAUCAGAGUGAACAAGAAACAUCAGUGAGGAAACGAAGAAUCAAGAAAAAUAGCCGAGUCCAGCCAGAAUUUUAUCACUCUGUUCAAGGUGCUUCAAUGAGACGGCCUAGUUCCGGCAAUGCGUCCUAUCGCUGCUCUAUGUCUUCCUCUGCGGAUUUUUCCGAUGAGGAUGAUUUCAGCCAGAAAUCUGGCUCGGCAUCUCCAGCUCCGGGAGACACCUUACCCUGGAAUUUGCCCAAACAUGAGAGAUCGAAAAGAAAGAUUCAAGGGGGCUCGGUGCUGGACCCUGCCGAGAGGGCAGUGCUUAGGAUAGCAGAUGAACGAGACAAAGUUCAAAAGAAAACAUUUACAAAAUGGAUAAAUCAGCAUCUCAUGAAGGUUCGAAAACAUGUGAAUGAUCUCUAUGAAGACUUAAGAGAUGGACACAAUUUGAUCUCUCUUUUAGAGGUUCUUUCGGGAGAUACCUUGCCCAGAGAGAAAGGUCGGAUGCGUUUUCACAGACUACAGAAUGUUCAAAUUGCACUUGACUAUUUGAAAAGACGCCAGGUGAAAUUAGUGAAUAUUAGAAAUGAUGACAUAACAGAUGGAAAUCCCAAGCUGACUUUGGGAUUAAUAUGGACAAUAAUUUUGCACUUUCAGAUAUCUGAUAUCCAUGUUACUGGAGAGUCAGAGGAUAUGUCUGCUAAAGAGAGAUUGUUACUGUGGACACAGCAGGCAACAGAGGGUUAUGCUGGAAUACGGUGUGAAAAUUUCACUACCUGCUGGAGAGAUGGAAAACUAUUUAAUGCCAUCAUUCAUAAAUACAGGCCGGACCUGAUAGACAUGAAUACUGUUGCUGUUCAAAGCAACCUUGCAAAUUUAGAGCACGCUUUUUAUGUAGCAGAAAAAAUUGGUGUUAUAAGACUUCUGGACCCUGAAGAUGUUGAUGUCUCCUCACCUGAUGAAAAAUCAGUAAUAACUUAUGUAUCAUCUCUCUAUGAUGCAUUUCCUAAAGUCCCUGAAGGUGGAGAAGGCAUCGGUGCAAAUGAUGUUGAAGUCAAAUGGAUUGAAUACCAGAAUAUGGUGAACUACCUCAUCCAGUGGAUUAGACAUCAUGUGACCACAAUGUCUGAGAGAACAUUUCCUAAUAAUCCUGUAGAACUAAAGGCACUUUAUAAUCAGUAUUUACAGUUUAAGGAAACAGAAAUUCCACCAAAGGAGACAGAAAAAUCAAAAAUUAAACGCCUAUAUCCUUUGGUGGACACAGGUAUUGAAUCAUUGGUGGUGGAUUGUGUUUUCCUUAUUGGUGGGCAGCAUUUUGGGGGGAUGGUGAAUGCUUUGAUGUCAAAGGAAGGGACUUUGUUUCAUUUUGUCCCUUCUUUUAGGUUGGAAAUGUUGCAGCAGAUUGCCAGCCGAGUUCAGAGGGACAGUGUCAUCUGUGAAGACAAACUGAUACUUGCCCGAAAUGCUCUCCAGGCUGAUUCUAAACGAUUAGAAUCAGGAGUGCAGUUUCAGAAUGAAGCAGAAAUUGCCGGGUAUAUACUUGAAUGUGAGAACCUUUUACGUCAGCAUGUAAUUGAUGUACAGAUUCUUAUUGAUGGAAAAUACUACCAGGCAGAUCAAUUGGUACAGAGAUCAGUACAACUGGACCGCACUGAAUGGGGCUCAGAUUUGCCAAGUGUUGAAAGCCAUUUAGAAAAUCACAAAAAUGUUCACCGAGCUAUUGAAGAAUUUGAAUCUAGCCUUAAAGAAGCUAAAAUCAGUGAGAUUCAAAUGACAGCACCUCUUAAACUAACUUAUGCAGAAAAGUUGCACCGAUUAGAGAGUCAGUAUGCAAAACUUUUGAAUACAUCCAGGAAUCAGGAGCGGCACCUUGAUACACUUCAUAAUUUUGUAACUCGUGCAACUAAUGAACUUAUUUGGUUGAAUGAAAAAGAAGAGGAGGAAGUUGCUUAUGACUGGAGUGAGAGAAAUACCAACAUAGCUCGGAAAAAAGAUUAUCAUGCUGAAUUAAUGAGAGAACUUGAUCAAAAGGAAGAAAAUAUUAAAUCAGUUCAGGAGAUGGCAGAGCAGCUACUUCUAGAAAAUCACCCAGCUCGGUUAACUAUUGAGGCCUACAGAGCGGCAAUGCAGACGCAGUGGAGCUGGAUCUUACAGCUCUGCCAGUGUGUGGAGCAGCACAUAAAAGAGAACACUGCCUAUUUUGAGUUUUUCAAUGAUGCCAAAGAAGCUACUGAUUACUUAAGGAAUCUAAAGGAUGCCAUUCAGCGGAAGUACAGCUGUGAUAGAUCAAGCAGCAUUCACAAGCUGGAAGACCUUGUUCAGGAAUCAAUGGAAGAGAAAGAAGAACUUCUGCAGUACAAAAGCACAGUAGCAAGCCUGGUGGGAAGAGCGAAAACAAUAAUUCAGCUGAAGCCAAGGAAUUCUGACAGUGCACUCAAAACUUCUAUUCCAAUCAAAGCUAUCUGUGACUACAGACAAAUUGAGAUAACCAUUUACAAAGACGAUGAAUGUGUUUUGGCGAACAACUCUCAUCGUGCUAAAUGGAAGGUCAUUAGUCCUACUGGGAAUGAGGCCAUGGUCCCAUCUGUGUGCUUCACCGUUCCUCCACCAAACAAAGAAGCAGUUGACUUUGCAAACAGAAUUGAGCAGCAGUAUCAGAAUGUGCUGACUCUUUGGCAUGAGUCUCACAUAAACAUGAAGAGUGUAGUAUCCUGGCAUUAUCUUAUCAAUGAAAUUGAUAGAAUUCGAGCUAGCAAUGUGGCUUCAAUAAAGACAAUGUUACCUGGUGAACAUCAACAAGUUCUGAGUAAUCUACAGUCUCGUUUUGAAGACUUUCUGGAAGAUAGCCAGGAAUCCCAAAUAUUUUCAGGCUCAGAUAUAGUGCAACUGGAAAAGGAGGUUAAUGUAUGUAAGCAGUAUUAUCAGGAACUUCUUAAGUCUGCAGAAAGAGAGGAGCAAGAGGAAUCAGUUUAUAAUCUCUACAUCUCUGAAGUUCGAAACAUUAGACUUCGGUUAGAGAACUGUGAAGAUCGGUUGAUUAGACAGAUCAGAACUCCCCUGGAAAGAGAUGAUUUGCAUGAAAGUGUUUUCAGAAUCACAGAGCAGGAGAAACUAAAGAAAGAACUGGAACGACUUAAAGAUGAUUUGGGAACGAUCACAAAUAAAUGUGAAGAUUUUUUCAGUCAAGCAGCAGCCUCUCCAUCAGUUCCUACCUUACGAUCUGAGCUCAGUGUGGUUGUUCAGAACAUGAACCAAGUCUAUUCUAUGUCUUCCACUUACAUAGAUAAGUUGAAAACUGUUAAUUUGGUGUUAAAAAACACUCAAGCUGCAGAAGCCCUUGUAAAACUCUAUGAAACUAAACUGUGUGAAGAAGAAGCAGUUAUAGCUGAGAAGAAUAAUAUUGAGAAUCUAAUAAGUACUUUAAAGCAAUGGCGAUGUGAAGUAGAUGAAAAGAGAGAGGUAUUCCAUGCAUUAGAGGAUGAGCUGCAGAAAGCUAAAGCCAUCAGUGAUGAAAUGUUUAAAACAUAUAAAGAACGAGACCUUGAUUUUGACUGGCAUAAAGAAAAAGCAGAUCAAUUAGUGGAAAGGUGGCAAAAUAUUCAUGUGCAGAUUGACAACAGGUUACGGGACUUAGAGGGUAUUGGGAAAUCACUGAAGUACUACAGAGAUACCUAUCAUCCUUUAGAUGAUUGGAUCCAGCAGGUUGAGACUACUCAGAGAAAGAUUCAAGAAAAUCAGCCUGAAAAUAGUAAAACCCUAGCCACACAGUUAAAUCAACAAAAGAUGCUGGUGUCCGAAAUAGAAAUGAAACAGAGUAAAAUGGAUGAGUGUCAAAAAUAUGCAGAACAGUACUCAGCUACAGUGAAGGACUAUGAAUUACAAACAAUGACAUACCGGGCCAUGGUAGAUUCACAACAAAAAUCUCCAGUGAAACGCCAAAGAAUGCAGAGCUCAGCAGAUCUCAUUAUUCAAGAGUUCAUGGACCUACGGACUCGGUACACUGCUCUAGUCACUCUCAUGACACAAUAUAUUAAAUUUGCUGGUGAUUCAUUGAAGAGGCUGGAAGAGGAGGAGAAGUCACUGGAAGAAGAAAAGAAAGAGCAUGUUGAAAAAGUCAAAGAAUUGCAGAAAUGGGUAUCUAAUAUCAGCAAGACAUUGAAAGAUGGAGAGAAGGCUGGAAAAUCUCCCUUCUCUAAGCAAAAGAUUUCCAAUGAGGAAAUAUCAAUGAAGAAGGAACAAUUAUCUGAAGCACUUCAAACCAUGCAGCUUUUUUUGGCUAAACAUGGGGACAAAAUGACAGAUGAAGAAAGAAAUGAAUUGGAAAAACAAGUGAAAACUCUUCAAGAAGGUUAUAAUUUAUUAUUUAGUGAGUCUCUGAAACAACUACAAGAAUCACAAACCUUAGGAGAUGUAAAGGUAGAGGAGAAGAUUAUGGCAGAGCGUCAGCAGGAGUACAAAGAGAAACUCCAAGGGAUAUGUGAUUUCCUCACUCAAACUGAAAACCGUCUAAUUGGUCACCAAGAAGCCUUUGUGAUUGGAGAUGGCACGGUUGAGUUAAAAAAGUACCAAUCCAAGCAAGAGGAAUUACAGAAGGAUAUGCAAGGAAGUGCACAGGCACUGGCAGAAAUAGUGAAAAACACAGAGAACUUCUUAAAAGAGAAUGGUGAAAAGUUGUCACAAGAAGAUAAGGAUUUGAUUGAACAGAAACUUAAUGAAGCUAAGACAAAAUGUGAACAGCUUAAUAUAAAGGCAGAACAGUCAAAAAAGGAGCUGGAUAAAGUUGUGACAUCAGCAAUCAAGGAAGAAAAUGAAAAAGUUGCAGCUGUGAAGCAAUUGGAAGAGAGCAAAGCCAAAAUAGAAGACCUUUUGGACUGGUUGUCAAACAUGGACAAGGACUCAGAAAGGGCAGAGACAAAACACAAACAGAUAAUUGAACAGAAUGGGACCCAUUUUCAAGAAGGUGAUGGCAAGUCGGUGAUUGGAGAAGAGGAUGAAGUUAAUGGUAACCUGUUGGAAACUGAUGUUGAUGGGCAAGUUGGAACCACCGAGGAGAAUCUGAACCAGCAAUACCAGAAAGUUAAGGCUCAACACGAGAAGAUCAUCUCUCAGCACCAAUCAGUCAUCAUAGCCACUCAGUCUGCACAAGCAUUGCUUGAGAAACAGGGUCACUAUCUCUCUCCUGAGGAAAAAGAGAAACUGCAAAAGAACAUGAAGGAACUGAAAGCACAUUAUGAGACUGUACUAGCUGAGUCGGAGAAGAAAGUGAAGUUAACACACUCUCUGCAGGAGGAAUUAGAAAAGUUCGAUGCUGAUUAUAGCGAGUUUGAGCACUGGCUACGGCAGUCAGAACAAGAACUUGAAAACCUGGAGGCAGGUGCAGAUGACUUCAACGGUUUAAUGACCAAACUGAAGAGGCAGAAGAGUUUCUCAGAAGACGUUAUUUCUCACAAAGGUGACUUGAGGUACAUCACAAUUUCUGGAAACAGGGUGUUAGAGGCUGCCAAAUCUUGCAGCAGGAGAGAUGGCGGCAAGAUUGACAAAGAUGAUAUUGACACUUCUGCAACCCACAGAGAAGUCCAGAGCAAAUUGGACGAUGCUACGGAUCGGUUCAGGUCUCUCUACUCUAAGUGCAGCGUUCUUGGAAAUAAUCUUAAAGAUCUGGUGGAUAAAUAUCAACACUAUGAAGAUGCUUCAUGUGGACUUCUUUCUGGGCUCCAGGCCUGUGAAGUCACAGCAAGCAAACACUUAUCUGAGCCUAUUGCUGUGGACCCCAAAAAUCUGCAAAGGCAAUUAGAAGAGACCAAGGCUCUGCAAGGACAGAUAUCAAGCCAGCAGGUUGCUGUAGAGAAACUGAAAAAAACAGCUGAAGUGCUUUUAGAUGCCAGGGGAUCUUUACUUCCAGCCAAGAAUGAUAUCCAGAAAACACUUGAUGACAUUGUUGCAAGAUACGAUGAUUUGUCCAAGUCUGUUAAUGAACGAAAUGAAAAACUCCAGAUAACCCUGACCCGCUCGCUGAGUGUGCAGGAUGGCUUGGAUGAAAUGCUGGACUGGAUGGGAAGUGUGGAAAGUUCUCUGAAGGAACAAGGUCAAGUGCCCUUAAACUCUGCUGCUCUUCAGGAUAUCAUCAGUAAAAACAUUAUGCUGGAACAGGAUAUUGCAGGUCGUCAGAGCAGUAUAAAUGCCAUGAAUGAAAAAGUGAAGAAGUUUAUGGAAACAACAGACCCGUCUACUGCAUCCUCACUGCAAGCUAAGAUGAAGGACUUGUCUGUUCGGUUUUCAGAAGCAAGCCACAAACACAAAGAAAAACUUGCCAAAAUGGAGGGGCUAAAAACCAAAGUAGAAAUGUUUGAGAACCUCUCAGCAAAGCUCCAAACAUUUUUAGAAACAAAAACUCAGGCUCUUACUGAGGUAGAUGUGCCAGGAAAAGAUGUUACAGAAUUGUCUCAGUAUAUGCAGGAAUCGACUUCUGAAUUCUUAGAACAUAAGAAAGAUCUUGAAGUUUUGCAUAGUGUCCUGAAAGAGAUAUCCAGCCAUGGCUUGCCAGGUGAUAAGGCUCUGGUUUUUGAAAAAACAAAUAAUUUGUCAAAGAAAUUCAAGGAAAUGGAAGAAACCAUCAAAGAAAAAAAAGAAGCUAUAUCUUCUUGUCAAGAACAACUGGAUGCUUUCCAAGUCCUUGUUAAAUCAUUGAAGUCAUGGAUAAAAGAAACAACAGAAGGAGUUCCCAUCGUGCAGCCUUCUUUUGGUGCAGAGGAUUUAGGAAAAUCUUUGGAAGAAACUAAGAAAUUACAAGAAAAGUGGAGUUUAAAAACACCAGAGAUUCAGAAAGUAAACAACAGUGGGAUCUCACUAUGUAACCUAAUAAGUGCUGUGACUACCCCUGCGAAGGCAAUAGCAGCAGUUAAAUCAGGUGUAGUGAUAUUAAAUGGGGAAGGAACUCCCACAAAUACUCAGGAAUUUUUGGCAAAUAAAGGUUUAACAUCCAUUAAAAAGGACAUGACUGACAUAAGUCAUGAUUAUGAAGAUCUUGGCCUCUUACUCAAGGACAAAAUAGCUGAACUGAAUACUAAACUCUCCAAAUUGCAAAAUGCGCAGGAAGAAUCAAGUGCAAUGAUGCAGUGGUUACAGAAAAUGAACAAAACUGCAACAAAAUGGCAUCAGACACCUACACCUACAGAUACUGAGGCUGUGAAGACUCAAGUUGAACAGAAUAAGUCAUUUGAGGCAGAACUGAAGCAAAAUGUAAACAAAGUCCAGGAGUUGAAAGACAAAUUGACAGAGCUGUUGGAGGAGAACCCAGAUGUGCCUGAGGCCCCCAAAUGGAAACAGAUGUUGACAGAAAUAGAUUCUAAGUGGCAAGAACUCAAUCAAUUAACAGUUGAUAGACAACAGAAACUGGAAGAGUCUUCCAAUAAUCUAACCCAAUUUCAGACCAUAGAGGCCCAGUUGAAACAGUGGCUUGUGGAAAAAGAACUGAUGGUCAGUGUUCUUGGGCCUUUGUCAAUUGACCCAAAUAUGCUAAACACACAAAGGCAGCAGGUGCAGAUUCUGCUACAAGAAUUUGAUACUCGGAAGCCUCAGUAUGAACUGCUAACAGCAGCUGGUCAGGGCAUUCUGAGCAGACCUGGAGAAAACCCUUCUUUACAUGGGAUCGUGAAAGAGCAGCUGGCAGCUGUGACCCAAAAAUGGGAAAGCCUAACGGGACAAUUGAGUGACAGAUGUGAUUGGAUUGACCAAGCCAUUGUUAAAAGCAAACAAUAUCAGGACCUGCUGAGAAGCCUUUCCGAUAAACUGAGUGACUUGGAUAGUAAACUCAGCAACAGUCUGGCUGUGAGCACACACCCUGAUGCUAUGAACCAGCAGUUGGAAAUGGCCCAAAAAAUGAAGCAGGAAAUAGAGCAGGAAAUGAAGCAGAUAAAAGUGGCCCAGGCACUCUGUGAGGAUUUGUCAGCAUUGGUUAAAGAAGAGUACUUGAAAGCAGAACUUAGUAGGCAACUAGAAGGCAUCUUAAAAUCAUUUAAGGAUAUUGAACAAAAAGCAGAGAAUCAUGUCCAGCACCUUCAGUCAGCCUGUGCAAGUUCUCAUCAAUUUCAGCAGAUGUCUAGAGAUUUUCAGGCUUGGCUGGAUACAAAGAAAGAAGAGCAAAUCAAGUCUCAUCCAAUAUCAGCCAAACUUGAUGUCUUGGAGUCAUUAAUUAAAGAUCAGAAAGACUUUAGUAAAAUUUUGACUGCCCAGUCUAAUAUAUAUGAAAAAACCAUUGCAGAAGGUGAAAAUUUGUUAUUAAAAACACAGGGGUCUGAAAAGGCAGCCUUGCAGUUACAGCUUAACACGAUUAAAACCAAAUGGGAUGGAUUUAAUAAGCUGGUGAAAGAAAGAGAAGACAAGUUAAAAGAUGCAUUGGAAAAAGCCCUCAAAUAUAAAGAGCAUGUAGAGACCCUCUGGCCAUGGGUAGACAAAUGUCAGAACAACCUGGAAGAAAUAAAAUUUUGCUUGGAUCCUACUGAAACAGAGGAUUCUAUUGCCAGAUUAAAGUCUCUGCAGAAGGAAAUGGACCAACGCUUUGGUAUGGUAGAAUUACUGAACAACACAGCCAAUAGCUUGCUCAAUGUCUGUGAGAUAGAUAAAGAGAUUGUUACAGAUGAAAAUAAAUCACUGAUCCAGAAGGUAGACUUGGUCACUGAACAACUUCACAGUAAGAAAUUAUCUCUGGAGAACAUGGCCCAGAAGUUUAAAGAGUUUCAAGAAGUUUCUAAAGAAGCUAAAAGGCAGCUUCAGGGUACAAAGGAACAGCUGGAUGUCCAUGAUUCCCUGGGAACCCAGGCUUACAGUAACAAGCACCUGACCAUGUUGCAGACGCAGCAGAAAUCACUUCAGACUUUGAAGCAUCAGGUAGAUUUGGCCAGAAGACUUGCACAGGACCUUAUCGUAGAAGCCUCAGACUCAAAGGGAACCUCUGAUAUUUUAUUACAAGCAGAAACCUUAGCUCAAGAGCAUAGUGCACUGAGUCAGCAGGUUGAUGAAAAGUGUUCGUUCUUAGAAACCAAGCUUCAGGGCAUUGGGCAUUUCCAGAAUACCAUCCGAGAAAUGUUUUCUCAGUUUGCAGAGUUUGAUGAUGAGCUGGAUAGCAUGGCUCCAGUGGGAAGAGAUGUAGAAACAUUGCAAAAGCAAAAGGAGGGUAUAAAAACCUUUCUGAAGAAACUAGAAGCCCUCAUAGCAAGCAAUGAUAAUGCCAAUAAAACCUGCAAGAUGAUGCUGGCCACAGAAGAAACCUCUCCUGACCUUGUUGGGAUCAAAAGGGACUUGGAGGCUUUGAGCAAACAAUGCAACAAGUUACUGGACCGAGCACAAACCAGAGAAGAGCAGGUUGAAGGGAUGGUUGAGCGUCUUGAGGAAUUCUACAGCAAAUUGGAUGACUUUUCUAUUCUGCUCCAGAACGCUGAAGAACAUGAAGAGUCCCAAGGUCCUGUUGGUAUGGAAACAGAGACAAUUAAUCAACAGCUUAAUGUAUUCAAGGUAUUCCAGAAAGAAGAGAUUGAACCCUUACAAGUUAAACAGCAAGAUGUGAACUGGUUAGGUCAAGGCCUUAUUCAGAGUGCUGCUAAAAGCACCAGCACUCAGGGUUUGGAACAUGACCUAGAUGAUGUCAAUGCACGGUGGAAGACUCUCAAUAAGAAGGUUGCUCAGCGAGCAGCCCAGCUGCAGGAGGCCCUGCUGCACUGUGGGAGGUUCCAGGAUGCCCUGGAAUCCCUGCUUAGCUGGAUGGGAGACACUGAGGAGCUCGUGGCUAAUCAGAAGCCCCCAUCGGCUGAGUUCAAAGUGGUGAAGGCCCAGAUACAAGAGCAAAAGCUUCUCCAAAGAUUGUUAGAUGACCGCAAAUCUACGGUUGAGGUAAUCAAACGAGAAGGAGAAAAAAUAGCUGCAACAGCAGAACCUGCAGAUAAAGUGAAGAUUUUGAAACAGCUGAGUCUCUUGGAUAGCAGAUGGGAGGCAUUGCUUAAUAAAGCUGAAACAAGGAAUCGUCAGUUGGAAGGUAUCUCGGUGGUAGCACAGCAAUUUCAUGAAACCUUAGAACCACUGAAUGAAUGGCUUACCACCAUAGAAAAGAGGCUCGCGAAUUGUGAACCCAUAGGAACCCAAGCAUCUAAACUUGAGGAACAAAUUUCACAGCACAAAGCCUUAGAAGAUGACAUCAUCAAUCACAAUAAACAUUUACAUCAGGCUGUUAGCAUUGGCCAAUCCUUAAAGGUUUUGAGCUCCAGGGAGGAUAAAGAUAUGGUGCAGAGUAAAUUAGACUUCUCUCAAGUGUGGUACCUUGAGAUUCAAGAGAAAAGUCACAGCAGGUCUGAGCUCCUCCAGCAGGCCUUAUGUAAUGCUAAGAUUUUUGGGGAAGAUGAAGUUGAGCUGAUGAACUGGCUGAAUGAAGUGCAUGACAAACUGAGCAAGCUGUCAGUCCAGGAUUACAGCACGGAGGGGCUGUGGAAGCAGCAGUCUGAACUUCGGGUUCUGCAAGAGGACAUCCUACUCAGGAAACAAAAUGUAGAUCAGGCAUUACUAAAUGGUUUAGAACUUCUUAAACAAACCACAGGUGAUGAAGUUUUAAUAAUUCAAGAUAAAUUGGAAGCCAUUAAAGCAAGGUACAAAGACAUUACUAAAUUGAGCACUGAUGUAGCCAAGACUCUGGAACAGGCACUGCAGCUUGCAAGGCAGCUGCAUUCCACCCACGAAGAGCUGUGUACCUGGCUGGACAAAGUGGAGGUGGAAUUGCUCUCAUAUGAAACUCAGGUUCUGAAAGGAGAAGCAGCAAGCCAAGCACAAGUGAGACAAAAAGAUCUGAAAAAGGAAGCAAAGAACAACAAAGCCUUAUUGGACUCUCUUAAUGAAGUGAGCAGUGCUUUGCUGGAACUGGUACCGUGGAGGGCAAGAGAAGGACUUGAGAAAAUGGUAGCCGAGGACAAUGAGCGCUACCGAUUAGUGAGCGACACCAUCACUCAGAAGGUGGAGGAGAUCGAUGCAGCCAUUCUGAGAUCACAGCAGUUUGACCAAGCGGCUGAUGCUGAGUUAUACUGGAUUACUGAAACAGAAAAGAAAUUGAUGUCUCUGGGUGACAUCAGGCUUGAGCAAGAUCAGACCUCUGCUCAGCUUCAGGUUCAAAAGACAUUCACCAUGGAGAUUUUGAGACACAAGGAUAUUAUUGAUGAACUUGUUAAAUCUGGACAUAAAAUCAUGACCACGUGCAGUGAAGAGGAAAAGCAAUCAAUGAAGAAAAAACUGGACAAGGUACUGAAGGACUAUGAUGCCAUCUGCCAGAUAAACUCAGAGAGGUAUCUACAGCUAGAACGGGCACAGUCCCUAGUUAACCAGUUCUGGGAAACAUAUGAAGAACUUUGGCCAUGGCUGACAGAAACACAAAGAAUCAUCUCUCAGCUUCCUGCCCCAGCACUUGAAUAUGAAACUCUAAGACAACAGCAGGAAGAACAUCGGCAACUGCGAGAGUUGAUAGCCGAACACAAGCCUCAUAUAGAUAAGAUGAACAAAACUGGGCCGCAGUUACUGGAAUUGAGCCCAGGGGAAGGCUUUUCUAUCCAAGAGAAGUAUGUGGCAGCUGACACUCUUUACAGUCAAAUUAAAGAAGAUGUCAAAAAGCGAGCUGUGGCACUGGAUGAAGCCAUUUCUCAAUCGACUCAGUUCCAUGACAAGAUUGACCAGAUCCUUGAGAGUCUGGAACGCAUUGUGGAGCGUUUGAAGCAGCCACCUUCCAUCUCUGCUGAGGUUGAGAAGAUCAAAGAGCAAAUCAGUGAAAAUAAGAAUGUGUCAGUGGACAUGGAAAAGCUACAACCAUUGUAUGAAACUCUUAAACAGAGGGGAGAGGAAAUGAUUGCUAGAUCUGGGGGCACUGAUAAAGACAUAUCUGCCAAAGCUAUUCAGGAUAAGCUUGACCAAAUGGUCUUCAUUUGGGAGAACAUACACACACUGGUAGAAGAAAGAGAAACCAAACUACUGGAUGUAAUGGAACUAGCAGAAAAAUUCUGGUGCGAUCACAUGUCUUUGGUAGUUACCACUAAAGAUACUCAAGAUUUCAUCCGAGACCUUGAGGAUCCUGGAAUUGAUCCCUCGGUGGUAAAACAACAGCAAGAAGCAGCAGAGGCCAUAAGGGAAGAAAUAGAUGGACUACAGGAGGAGCUGGAUAUCGUUAUUAACCUGGGCUCUGAACUCAUUGCUGCAUGUGGGGAACCCGAUAAACCCAUUGUCAAGAAGAGUAUAGAUGAGUUGAAUUCAGCAUGGGAUUCUCUAAAUAAAGCUUGGAAAGACCGGAUUGAGAAACUUGAGGAGGCGAUGCAGGCUGCGGUUCAGUACCAGGAUGGACUGCAGGCAAUAUUCGAUUGGGUAGAUAUUGCAGGUGGUAAAUUAGCUUCAAUGUCUCCAAUCGGAACAGAUCUUGAAACUGUAAAGCAGCAGAUUGAAGAGCUAAAGCAAUUUAAGUCAGAGGCCUAUCAACAACAGAUAGAAAUGGAAAGAUUGAACCAUCAAGCAGAACUUUUGCUGAAGAAAGUAACAGAAGAGAGUGACAAACACACUGUUCAAGACCCAUUAAUGGAACUGAAAUUGAUAUGGGAUAGCCUGGAUGAGCGAAUUAUCAACAGACAGCAUAAGCUGGAAGGUGCUCUGCUAGCACUGGGUCAGUUCCAGCAUGCUCUGGAUGAGCUCUUGGCAUGGCUGACACACACCGAGGGGUUGCUAGGUGAACAGAAACCUGUUGGAGGAGACCCUAAAGCCAUUGAAAUUGAACUUGCCAAGCAUCACGUGCUCCAAAAUGAUGUAUUAGCCCAUCAGUCCACAGUGGAAGCCGUUAACAAAGCAGGAAAUGAUCUAAUUGAAUCAAGUGCAGGAGAAGAAGCAAGCAACCUUCAGAACAAGCUAGAGGUUUUAAAUCAACGCUGGCAAACUAUUCUGGAAAAAACAGAACAGAGGAAGCAGCAGCUGGAUGGUGCCUUGCGCCAGGCCAAAGGGUUCCAUGGGGAAAUUGAGGAUUUGCAGCAGUGGCUGACAGACACGGAGCGACAUCUGUUGGCAUCCAAACCUCUGGGAGGUUUACCAGAAACAGCCAAGGAGCAGCUUAAUGCCCAUAUGGAAGUCUGUGCUGCCUUUGCUGUUAAAGAAGAGACAUACAAGAGUUUGAUGCAGAAAGGCCAGCAGAUGCUUGCAAGGUGCCCCAAAUCUGCAGAGACAAAUAUUGACCAAGACAUAAAUAACUUGAAAGAAAAAUGGGAAUCGGUGGAAACCAAACUCAACGAAAGGAAAAUUAAACUGGAAGAGGCCCUCAACUUGGCAAUGGAGUUCCACAAUUCUCUCCAAGACUUCAUCAACUGGCUUACCCAGGCUGAACAGACCCUAAAUAUAGCUUCUCGACCAAGUCUUAUCUUGGACACGGUCUUGUUUCAAAUUGAUGAACACAAGGUCUUUGCCAAUGAAGUAAAUUCUCACCGUGAGCAGAUAAUAGAGCUGGACAAAACUGGAACCCAUCUGAAAUAUUUCAGUCAGAAACAAGAUGUUGUCUUAAUUAAGAAUCUACUUAUUAGUGUGCAAAGUCGAUGGGAAAAAGUGGUUCAACGGUUGGUAGAAAGAGGAAGAUCUUUGGAUGAUGCAAGGAAGAGGGCCAAGCAGUUCCAUGAAGCUUGGAGUAAACUUAUGGAGUGGCUAGAAGAGUCAGAAAAGUCUUUGGAUUCUGAACUGGAAAUUGCCAAUGAUCCAGACAAAAUAAAAACACAACUUGCACAGCAUAAGGAGUUUCAGAAAUCACUCGGAGCCAAGCAUUCUGUCUAUGACACCACCAACAGAACUGGACGUUCUCUGAAGGAGAAAACCUCCCUGGCUGAUGACAACCUGAAACUGGAUGACAUGCUGAGUGAACUCAGAGACAAAUGGGAUACCAUAUGUGGAAAAUCUGUGGAAAGACAAAACAAAUUGGAGGAAGCCCUUUUAUUUUCUGGACAAUUCACAGAUGCCCUGCAGGCCCUCAUUGAUUGGUUGUACAGAGUUGAACCCCAACUGGCAGAAGACCAGCCUGUCCAUGGAGACAUUGAUUUAGUGAUGAAUCUGAUCGAUAAUCACAAGGUCUUCCAAAAAGAGUUGGGGAAGAGGACCAGCAGCGUGCAGGCCCUGAAGCGCUCAGCCCGCGAGCUUAUAGAAGGCAGUCGGGAUGACUCCUCCUGGGUCAAGGUCCAGAUGCAGGAACUAAGCACCCGCUGGGAGACCGUGUGUGCACUUUCUGUAUCAAAGCAAACACGAUUAGAAGCAGCCCUGCGUCAGGCAGAGGAAUUUCACUCGGUGGUCCAUGCCCUCUUGGAGUGGCUGGCUGAGGCGGAGCAAACCCUGCGUUUCCAUGGUGUUCUCCCAGACGAUGAGGAUGCUCUCCGGACUCUCAUUGAUCAGCAUAAAGAAUUCAUGAAAAAACUGGAAGAAAAAAGAGCUGAGCUAAAUAAAGCCACCAGCAUGGGCGACGGUGUUUUGGCUAUCUGCCACCCUGACUCCAUCACCACCAUUAAGCACUGGAUAACAAUUAUCCGGGCCAGGUUUGAGGAGGUGCUGGCCUGGGCGAAGCAACAUCAGCAGAGAUUAGCAAGUGCUCUGGCUGGGCUCAUUGCCAAACAGGAAUUGUUGGAAGCUUUGCUGGCUUGGUUACAAUGGGCUGAAACUACACUUAGUGAUAAGGAUAAAGAAGUUAUCCCCCAGGAGAUUGAAGAGGUGAAAGCCCUCAUUGCAGAACACCAGACCUUCAUGGAAGAAAUGACCAGAAAACAGCCUGAUGUUGAUAAAGUAACCAAGACCUAUAAGAGGAGAGCAGCUGACCCUUCCUCGUUACAGUCCCAUAUUCCGGUCUUGGAUAAGGGACGAGCAGGAAGAAAACGCUUCCCAGCAUCAAGCUUAUAUCCCUCUGGAUCACAGACACAAAUCGAAACCAAGAAUCCCAGGGUAAACUUAUUGGUGAGCAAAUGGCAGCAAGUCUGGCUCCUGGCGUUGGAAAGAAGGAGAAAGCUCAAUGACGCCUUGGACAGGCUGGAGGAGCUGAGGGAAUUUGCUAACUUUGAUUUUGAUAUCUGGCGCAAAAAAUACAUGCGAUGGAUGAAUCACAAGAAAUCUCGAGUGAUGGACUUCUUCAGGAGAAUUGAUAAAGAUCAGGAUGGGAAAAUAACCCGACAGGAAUUUAUUGAUGGAAUUCUUUCCUCAAAGUUCCCAACCAGUCGCCUGGAGAUGAGCGCAGUUGCAGACAUCUUUGACAGAGAUGGUGAUGGAUACAUUGACUACUAUGAAUUUGUAGCAGCCCUUCACCCAAAUAAAGAUGCAUACAAACCUAUCACGGAUGCCGACAAAAUUGAAGAUGAGGUGACAAGGCAGGUAGCAAAGUGUAAAUGUGCAAAACGAUUUCAAGUUGAACAGAUUGGUGAUAACAAAUACAGGUUCUUCCUGGGAAAUCAGUUUGGAGACUCCCAGCAACUGCGACUGGUUCGGAUCCUACGAAGUACUGUGAUGGUUCGUGUUGGAGGAGGAUGGAUGGCACUGGAUGAGUUCUUAGUGAAAAAUGAUCCAUGCAGGGCUAAAGGAAGGACAAACAUGGAACUGCGUGAGAAGUUCAUUUUAGCAGAUGGUGCCAGUCAAGGUAUGGCUGCUUUCCGACCCCGGGGCCGAAGAUCCCGGCCUUCAUCACGAGGAGCUUCACCCAACAGAUCUACUUCUGUGUCCAGCCAGGCUGGUCAGGCAGCCUCCCCACAGGUCCCCGCCACCAGCACACCCAAGAUUCUCCAUCCUUUAACACGCAAUUAUGGUAAACCAUGGUUGACAAACAGCAAAAUGUCAACUCCUUGUAAACCAGCAGAGUGCUCAGACUUUCCCGUGCCAUCUGCAGAGGGAACACCAAUACAAGGAAGCAAGCUUCGACUGCCAGGAUAUUUAUCAGGGAAAGGCUUCCACUCCGGAGAGGACAGUGGCUUGAUAACAACUGCAGCUGCCAGAGUCCGAACACAGUUUGCUGAUGCCAAGAAGACUCCCAGCCGACCUGGAAGCCGAGCUGGAAGCAAAGCUGGCAGCAGAACCAGCAGCCGCCGAGGCAGUGAUGCGUCAGACUUUGACAUUUCAGAAAUCCAGUCCAUAUGCUCAGACGUGGAGACUGUUCCCCAAACACACAGACCUAUGCCCCGAGCAGGUUCUCGGCCAUCCACAGCCAAGCCUUCCAAAAUCCCCACGCCCCAGAGGAAGUCACCUGCCAGCAAAUUGGACAAGUCCUCCAAGAGAUAGUGCAAUUGGUUGCACCAAGGCCCUUCCUUGAGCAUUUAUUAUUUAAGUUUGAACAAUGUAAAAUAUGAUGUAGAAAUUAUUGUGAAAUAUUGCAAGAGAUGAGUUUAAAAUUCUGCAGAUGGCCUUAUUUGUGUAUUUGUCUUUUUAUUUUUUCUGUAUAAAUUUUUUGUCAAAUAUUCUGGGGUUAAAGUCACAUCAUAUGUGAGGGGGAAGAAAGAGUUUAACAUGAACUAACAUGUCUGCACUGUAACGUGUAGAGCACACACUAAAAUCAAUUACUGUACCUACAGGUAAGUUCUACAUCCUCUCUGACAGCCAUAGCACUACAUUGAUAGCUAACACUAAGGAUACCUCAUGACAUUUUCUUAUUUUUAUGGAAAUUGAAAAGAUGAAAGACACACACAGGAUAUAUUUUGAGAUGAUCUAAGUGUAAGCUAAAAGAUCGAGGGCAGAUAGACACAUCCACACACAGUUCUUUAACAGUAUCUGACAAAACUCACAGGAAGUUCCUUCAAGCACCUGCCAGUACCAUGAUAUUCAAGUACCUUGCAGCAUUUCUGUGCCAUUGCUUUAAGUGAAGCCGAGGCUUCCCAGAUAUUAGACCUAUUAUACUGUAAGAAUAUAAUUAAAAAGUACAUUCAUAUAAAUGUCAGGUUUUCUUUUGCUUGAGUGGACAGUAGCACCUGUAUCAUUGAACUCAUUUUGUAUCAAAGCAAUUUUGCUUGCAAGAAGCUAUGAAAUAAAACAUGUCCCUUAACUACAUUGCUAUGGAAUUAAUUUUUUUCCCCAGGGAAAAUUUGUGUAUUUUUUUAUGAGCAAUAUCAAUUUGGAGUGACCAAAAGAUACUUAAAAAUGGGUUUAUUUUGAUUUCUCAUCUGAAAUAAUCAUGUUCUGGUAUUAUAUCUAUCUAUAUUUAAUAAAUAUAUACAUUUUAAUUUAUUAUGUAUACUCACAUACUAUAGAAAGAUAUUAGUAUGCAUUUAAUAAAACAUAUUCACUUGAAUUUA